AUGGCGGUAGAAACCAUUGCUAUCGUUCUUUUACAAAAUUGGCCAAUUGUGCUAAGCGUGGCCUUUGUUGCAUAUCUUGCCAAUAACCGAUUCAACAGAGGGCUGAAUAAAUAUCCUGGGCCGUUCAUUGCAUCAUUUACAGAUUGGUGGAGGUUUUGGAUCGUGUACAAGAGGCGCCCCGAGGUCGAACAUAUCCGAUUGCACGAGAAACAUGGAGAUGUUGUGCGUUUAGGACCAAACAAUCUAUCAUUCUCGGACCCAAAAGCUCUGAAAACCAUCUAUGGUCUUAACAAAGGUUUUGUGAAGUCUGAAUUCUAUCCGGUCCAGCAAUCCGUCGCUGGAGGUCACCGUCUCCCAUCCCUGUUCAGCACAACGUCUGAGCCAUUCCAUGCUCAACUACGACGAAGUGUGAACAGCGCAUUUUCCAUGUCAACGCUGAUACAAUACGAGCCUUUCGUAGACAGCACCACAGAGCUCUUCCUUAACCAGACAGACAAACUUUAUGCAGUAACAAAAAAUGGAUGUGAUUUUGCACGAUGGCUACAGUUCUAUGCCUUUGAUGUCAUUGGCGAGAUGACAUACAGUAAACGACAUGGAUUCCUGGAGGAAAAUAAGGACGUCGAUGGAAUCAUUGACUACAUCGCGAAUCUAUUCAACUAUGUAGCUCCUGUCGGUCAAAUCCCAGUCCUCGAUCUCCUCUUCCUCAAGAACCCCAUCUACCUCCUCGCCGCCAAAUACGGUCUCAUCGACGCCACCUUCCCAGUCGCCCGCUUCGCACAACAGCGCAUGGCGGAGCGUUUCCCAAAAGAAAAAGACGGCGAGAAAUCCGUCCUCCCAUCCACCGAGCCCAAACCCAUGUCCCAGCCAGACCUCCUCUCGAAAUUCAUCCAAGCCAAGACCGACCGCCCCGAGUUCAUGACCGACUCCCUCGUCAUGACCAUGGCCGUAAGUAUGGCCUUCGCCGGCAGCGAAACGACCGCCAUCUCGCUGUCCAGCGUCUUUUACUACCUGCUCAAGAACCCGCGAUGCAUGGAGAAGCUGUACCAGGAGCUGGACGAGAAGGCGAAAGAGGGCCAUUUCAAGGAUAAUGUCCAGGGUGUCGUGACGUGGAGUGAGAGUCAGGCUUUGCCGUACUUGGAUGCUUGUAUCAAGGAGGCGUUCCGUAUGCAUCCUGCGCCUGGCCUGCCACUUGAGCGGAUCGUGCCACCUGCCGGUGCGGAGAUUGCUGGGCAUUUCAUCAAGGGCGGUACGAUUGUUGGUGUUUCCGCUUGGGUUAUUCACAAUAAUCGUGAGGUCUUUGGUGAGGAUGUUGAGGUUUUCAGGCCUGAGAGGUGGUUGGUUGACGAGAAUGCUCCGGAAGGAAGAGAGGCCGAGGAGAAGAGAAUCAAGGAAAUGAGCGGAAUCAUGCUACAAUUUGGUAUGGGUGCUAGGACGUGCAUUGGAAAGAACAUCAGUUUGUUGGAAAUCUAUAAGGUUGUUCCCAGCUUGCUGAGGAGGUUUGAGAUCCAGCUAGAAGACCCAUCCAAAUCAUGGAUCGUCCACAACGCGUGGUUCGUCCGACAAUACGGCUUCCGCACCACCUUCUCGAAGCGAGAUCUCGUCCAGCCGACCUCCUCGUAA